AUGUUGAGGCGUGGAGGAGCUCCGCUGCUGCGCGGGCGCUCGACGCGCGCCAUGUCGCUGCUGGGCUCGAUCUUCGGCAUCGGCGAGUUCGAGGGCGCGCGCAACACGGCGCUGAGCCGCAGCACGAGCAAGCAGCAGGCGUACGACCUGGCGCUGCUGGACUACGUGAGCAUGAACUCGCACCCCAAGUUUAUGCUGCAGCAGGUGAUCGCGGACGACGCGCCGUUUCUAAUGGGCCACGUGCUGGUGGGCGCCAGCCAGUGCCUCGCCCCGCUGAUGCAUCAGGACGCUCUGGACGCGGCUUCCAGACUGCAAGUGGCUACGAAACUGGCCCAGGAAGGAGAGACCACGACAAGCGAGAAGAUGCACGUGCUGGCGCUGGACGCGAUGGUGCACGGCCGUCACCACGAAGCUGCGUGGGUGUACGAGACCAUCCUGCAGCAGGACCAUUCGGACCUUCUGGCGCUGCGUUGCUGCUAUGAUAUCUACCGGUUUCUAGGAGACCACAAGAACAUGCUGGCUACGGUGACGCGCCGUCUGCCGUCGUGGUCUCCGAACGACACUGGGUACAGCCACUUGCUGGGCAUGCAAGCGUACGGAAUGCAAGCUGCGGGACGACUGGAUGCUGCGGAAGCUCUGGCGGAGAAGACGCUGUCAAUGAACGGCAAUGAUCGUUGGGCAUUGCACACUAUGCUGCACGUCCUGGAAGCGCGCGGUAAUGCCAACCAUGGAGCAAGCUACGCGAACCAGUUUAAGGCGGGUUUUGACAAUGGCGGUCCGCUGGAGCGCCAUUUGUACUUCCAGUGGGCGCUGUACAUGCUGGAUCUUGGUCACUACGAUCGCAUCGACAAGAUGCUGGAAGUCAACAUUAUCCCGUACCAACCGGACGGCGCUCCUCAUGCGGUGCCUACACUCUGCGAUGCUACUCAACUGUAUUGGAGAAUGCGCUUUGCCGGCCAUGACACAGCGGAGUUGGGCGAGCAACUUUUCCAGAAUUGGUCUGCCAUCUCACCGUCCCCGAGUGAAAAUGACACCGUGAAAGCACGUCUUCACCCUCUCGCAAGAGCGCGUUUCAAAGAUGCAACUCAAGCGCUGCUGCCGGUGCGAGGAAAGCUUGGUCUUCUUGGCGGCACUGACGUGGACCAAGACGUGGUGGAGCAACUGCUUAUCGAGUGGCUACGAUAUAAGUCGUCCUGCUUGCUAACACCUCACUCGCUGAUGCUGUAUAGUGCUAGUAAAUGUAAUGAUCUGCGACUGGCGAAGCUCCUUCUCAACGAACGUCUGAGUGCGAGACCACAAAGUGCGCAGUGCUGGAACACCUUCUCGCGCGUGUCGGCGGCGAUGGGAGAUGCGUCCGCCGUUCGCGACGCACAGGGUAUGAGCUACGUACUGGGCGACCCCACCUACGCACUCUCUCUAACGCCAUGCCCCAUAUCUUCCGUUUUACUUCGCAGUGAGGCUUCGCUCCAGCUGGAAGAUGUUCUCUACGCCAUCAAGAACAACAUUGACCGCAGCAAGAUGACGACGUCCGUGGUGACGCUGGAGGCGUUGGAGAGCGCGUUGGACACGCUGCUGGCUGUCUCCGCUGAGAACGACUACGAGCAGAUCCAAGUGUUCGGCGCCUUCGACACGCCGAGGCUGCACUUCAACACGCACAACAAUUCCUACGAGCUGAAGGCGGACGCCCACCGGCGUCUUCAUGCCGGCCCGGAGUCCAGGAUUCAGCUGCUGAGGAACCGAUUCAUGUCGGUGGACCUCCGUGUCAAGCGCAAUCGACUCUUCGCGCCGCCCUCGGUUGCUGUGGCGAACACCACGGAGUACAUGGAGUUGUCGAGGAUCGAGUCGCUGUUGGGUGUGAGCGGAGUGCGCCGCGUGAUUGGCAUGCUGGGCCAGGACGAGCGCAAGCGGUUUUACCUGGAAGACUUCACCUCGCGAAUCAUUGUGGACCUUACGAAUGCCGCGUACACCGAUGGACUCUUCACGAUCAACUGUGUAGUUUUGGUGGAAGGUGAAGUCAUCGACGACGUGCUCCACGUUCAGUCUAUGGGUUUCCCGCCCCCAGAGACGAAGGAGGCGUCCUUGGAAGUUCUCGGUGGUAUCGAUCCGCUUGGUGUGGAGGUGUCUGCCCAACAACGCGAACAGAUUCGAGAGUUAGAAGCCAGCGACCAUCACGCCACGUUCAUCGUGCUGUCGGCCGUUUAUUUGGAUGAUCCUCAGGUCAUGAGCAAGCUGGACGAACUGUUUCAGGGUCUCGAAAGUGUUCAGCCGACGCUCUUCAUCCUCAUGGGCGAUUUCAUGUCAACUUCUAUCGGAGGAGGUGCCGGGUCCAACUCGCUUCAAGACCUGCGCGAGUACUUGGAGGAACUGGGAAACCUCAUCUUGAAGUACCCUGGGAUCGCCGAGAACUCGCGGUUCGUAUUAGUUCCAGGGCCGAACGACCCCGGUUCAUCUCGUGCCUUCCCGCGCCACCCGCUUCCCGAUCUGUGUACACGUGAGCUCAUUCGAAAAGUGCCAAACGUCACGUGCAGCACCAACCCAUGCCGAAUCCGCUACUACACACAAGACAUCGUGAUCUUCCGUGACGACCUCCAGCAGAAAAUGCAGCGGCAUGCCAUUCUUACUCCAAUGCCGAGCGAGCAGGAGGAAGCCGUCAUGGACGAAAGCGGCGAGCCAGCGCAGUCGGUCUCUCAAACCGACAUCUCCAAGCAUUUGGCCAAGACGCUCAUCGACCAAGCGCACUUGUGCCCGCUGCCGCUGAUGGCGAAUCCCAUCAACUGGGACUUCGACUCCUCGCUGCAGCUCUUCCCGGUCCCUGACGUGCUGAUCCUCGGCGACUCGACCGAGCAGUACCAGCUCGGCUACUCGUCCGUCGGCGUCUUCCACCCAGGCCCGUUCCACGCAGACUUCUCCUUUGUGUUCUACCGCCCAAGCACCAACACUACCGAGUUCAGCCGUGUUGAAUAA